AAUCCAGCACACCAAAAAUUACAGAUUGUUUUUUCGUGCUUAUAAUAGGACAAUCGAUUUUAAGAUAGUUUUAUAGCCCUACUUUUCUUUCAUCGUAAACUUGUUUUUCGUAAUUAAUAUAAUUUGUUUUGUAACGUAAUUAACUAAAACAAUGUAUUGCGUAGGAAUUUGCCUAUCUACUGUUCAAGAAGCCUUGACCUAUUUUCCCAAGUUCAGCUGUGAAUGGUGUUGAUGGCGUAGACGUCGGUCAUUGUGAGGUCCCGUAUAAGAAAAAGCGAAAAUUUACGACUAAUUCAAAUUAUCUGUGUCUGCAAAUAAUGUAAAGUUUCAAUUCUAAAUACUGUGCACAAUGGAAGGAGAAGAGGGGGAGAGAAGAGAUGUCAGAAGGCCAAUGAAUGCAUUUCUAAUAUUUUGCAAGCGCCAUAGAAGUGUUGUAAGACAGAAGAAUCCAGAUAUGGAUAAUAGAAGUGUGACACGUGUUCUAGGAGAUCUGUGGGCAAAUCUUGGAGAGGAAAAGUCAACUUAUACUAAUCUAGCUAAGCAGUACAAAGAUGCUUUUAUGAAAGCACACCCAAACUACAAAUGGCACAGUUCUGAAAAACAACAAGGCACAUCAGCCAAGCUGGUUGCUAAACCUACCAAUUCCAGAGUCAUUAAAAAUGUGGCAGAAAUUUCAACUGAUGGAGGAAUUAUUCCUGGGAAACUUGCUGAUCCUGAAAAGAUGGGAGGACUGAAUUUGUUAUUGAUGGCAGAUAAGGAAACGUCUCAUGAGCUGAGGCCUUCACUGUUCACACCACCAAAUAAGUCCUCAAGUGUGCCAGCAUCUACCAAAAAGUCUGAGCAGGCUGGUACAUCCAACAAUGCACUUCUACAACUAGCAGAGAUGUGUGCAAGUGAGCUGCAAAGUUCAGUCAGUGAGAGGCCCUCAUCUUAUCCAAACACACCACUCACUCAGGCUCUGUCCCAGCAUCCAUUAGCACUGUCCAGCAGCUUCCCAUCUCACUUGUCUAACCAGACACCCAUGGCACCCCCAAAGAAACGAGCAAGACACUGGAGUUUGACAGAGUCCUCUGAAGUUCAUGGUUAUGGCAGUGACCAUGAAGGAAACUGUGACAGAGCCGUUGAUUUAUCUCCCCUCAACUUGACCACCCACACCCCCCAGUACAUGUCAGGAGAGUCCAUGGCACAUUGUGAUGAAAGCUACUCAUCUGUUGAGAGAUACAAAGGUGCCUCUUCGAGAAGAAGAUUGUCUUCAUCUGCCACGGAAUCCAUUCCAUCACCAUCCCCACCUUAUGUGGAUGAUGCAGAAUCACCUGUGUUUACUUCAGAAUUUUCCAGAUCUGAAAAAUUAGCAGAGCCUCUUCCAUCGUUCCCUGGAGCAAGAGUUUUAUCUGUCAACUUGCCUACAGAUAAAAGCCACCUUGUAACCCUAGAGUCCACCCAACCUAACUGCAGCAGUGUUAAACCUCUGACUUCAGUAUCUGAGCACAUCCAGAGCCAACAGCUCAACGUCACACUUGCUCAAGCACUGAGGGCAGUGCCACAGUUCCAUCUGUCAGCUGUAUCUGCUGGGCAGGCUUCCACACCAACAACUCAACAGUCCAAGCCGGUGGGAGGACAGCAAGUCCUCUUUUCACAAAACAUACUAGCCCAACCAGGGGACAAGAUGGCCAAAAGCAAUACGUUCAAAAUUGAUGUCAAAAUGGAGAAAAAUCCUGAUUUUUAUCAGUGGAGAGAGCCAGGAAAAACAAAACCAAUUUCUAGUGAAUUAUCACAAAACAACAAAGCUCUGAUUUCAACUAAUGAGGCGCCUAGCAAGCUAACACAUUCAUUUUCUUACAAGGAGCAGCCCCAGAAUUUAGCUCUACCAUGUCAGAUAAAGCUGGAGACUGAGAACAAGCCACAAUCACCUAGCCAGACGAAGAUGGAUCUGUCAUCAUUACUUAGUGCUGGAAGAAUUAGUUCUUUGUUAUCUAACAAUGAUGUUAGUUCACCAAAAUUAACAUUAGUUUCUUCCAGCAGUUCAGCCCCUUCUGUUGGACUUUUUCAAAACUUUGAAGGUUUAUCCAAACUUGGGGUGAACUUGAACACAGGCACAGGCUGUGUCUAUAAAGAAAAAGAAUCCAUCAUAAAAGUGCCAUCGUCCAACCCGGCAAACACUUUCAGUGAAGGCAAGUUAAAGAAGAAAUGGGCAGAGCGCAUGCUUGUGGAAGCCAAGCUUAAGGAAGACCUCACACAAGCUCAGACUGCAGUGGCUGCUACUCUGGUUGACUCCAGGAUAACCACUCUGAAUGCUAAUCAAACCAAUGCAGGGCAGGGGAAGGCUGAAUCUCAACACUUUCAACUCAAGAUCAAACCAGAAUUGCCUGACACUGGUUAUGAAAGAAACAAUCUGUACACUGAUUUAAAAGCAACGAAUGAUGGCGACAACAAAGAAACCCUUUUUAACCAUCCUGCUGAAAAGGCACCAAGGCCCACUCCUACUCGUAGCACUUCAUUCAGUGCCAGCAGCCACCCCAAGCUGAUGCUUCAGCUCUCUCAGACUCAGCCUUUACAGCAGAGAGCAAGCCAGAUUUGGUCCCAGACAUUAGUCAACCCUGCCAAAGUUGCACCAGACCACCAAGGUACUGCCCCAGUAGCUGGAGACCAGAAAGCGUUUAAACUUAGUCCACGUCCUGAAACCACAAACUGCGCAGCUGGUUUUCCAAAAGAGGAAAGCAAGCCUGUCCUUAACUCCAUCACAGCCUGCGGACAAAAAAUUUACGACCACAUAGUUGAGCAGCUUACCAAGUCUGAUUUCUCCGGGGACCGGGCUAUGGCGCAAAACAGUGCUAUACGGAAUGCAUUCUUGUCUGAUACCCACCUUAAGCACAUCAAAGCUGAAGCCAUAAAAGCUGAGCCAAAGUGGCAAGAAGACAGGAAAGAUUUCAGUCCCUUGCUUGUAACAAACUUAGUAGAAAAAGUUGUAAGAGAGGUUUGUGGCUCUCCACCUGGAAAAGAAGGUUGCACAUCUUGCAGAAAAACUGAGGACUGUGCAGUGAAAAAUAAAAACACUGUCUCAAAUCCAAACAUGAAAGAGGGUAGCAUGUCUAGAACCUCUCAAGAGAGUUCUGCCAACUGGGAUUCAUAUAGGCAGCCUGUUACAAACAGUCCAACUUAUGAAGGAGAUGGACAAGGUCAGUGGUCAUCAGUUGCCGCUGAAUCAGGGGAUCAUUCUGAUAAUAAUGACGAUACGGGUGCCCCACCAGUUAGAAAGUCUAGACGUGCUAACAGGGGUCAGAAGUAUCAGGAGCUGAUAAAAGAGGGCUUUAUUCAACCAUCCAGGGAGCGUCUUGCUGCCAGGAAUGCUGAAAGAAAUGGUAGAAGUUUUGGUACAAGAGAUGAAUUUGACAAGAUGGACAAUAGAAGAACACUGAAACGCUCAGCAAGUGAAAGAGAUACGACAAGUGCUAGUGUGGAGUUUAGCUCAAAUGGAGUUGGGACCACUUAUUCUGGCUCUUUGGUGACUGGGGACUCAUCUGUUGACAAAAUCAAGUUUAGAACUGGUGCAUUUGAUCUAGAGAAAGAAAUAAAGUCGCUGCCAGUCUGUUCUAUGUCCCAGCUUGAGAAGAGAAAAGCCAUGAAGCGUAGAUGUGACAGUGAGCUAUUAGGUGUUCCCCAACGCGCCAGAAGUAACAGUGACCCUGACUGUGUAGUCUCUCCACCUGCUGCUACUGUUUCUUGUGGAGCGGUCAAAUAUGAAGUGAGUUUAGAAUCAUCAGGAUGUCCAGCUCCGCACAUUCCAAUCCCUAAAGAAGAACGACCAUCUGAACCAGUGACUGGUAGCCGCAAGCGAAAGGCCCGCAAUUACUGUAUAACUCGCAUUUCAAUCCAAGGAGAAACUGAUCAAAAUGAAGAGAACUUACAAGAGUGUGUAAAGAAGUCCAAAGACAGCAGUGAUACACACAAUGAAAAAAGUCAUGCCGCACCUCUUGUAUCCAACUCUGAAAAUAUUUCUAGCACAAUGGAGCAGGUGGCGUGUUCAUUUCUCUCCCUAUCAACCCCACAACUGGUCAAGAACUUGCAGAAGCCUUUAAAAUCUGUGGAAAUUCUACUGACCUCCCCACAGAUCAGUGGCUUGGUCACAAGCUGUCCUGUUUCGUCCUCUAGCAAAAUCCAAUCUUUGCCAUCAUCCAUACCUUCAGCUUCACCUGACCAAACUUCCAAGCAGGUGUGUUUGAACCAGUCACACUCACUUCGGGCAGGGAAAGAAUUAUACUCAGAAGAUGCCAGUGUAGCUUCAGGGGACAGGCUACCAAAAUUGUCCUGCUCUUCACAACAUGCUGGCCAGGCGGUCAAGUCUCAUGCACCCAACUUUAAUCAAGUUGUUUGUGGACUAAGUGGGAGAGAAACCAACAUGAAACAUAACACUUAUAAAACAUUGCAGCUGCUAAACAAAGGGGAUCUGCCUAUGGAUAAGAAAGAGGCCAAGAAGACCCGAGUGACCAAGCCCAAGUUGAAUAAGAUACCUAAAAAAUAUUCCCUUCAUGAGAUGGGCGUGGCAUCUAAGCAGUGUUCAAAAGUAACUUUAGUCUCGACACUCCCGCAUUCUAAUAAUACUCGGUUAAGGAAGAAACUUAAUAAACAUGAACAAACUGAACCCUACCACCGCUUCCUGUCUGCUGAUGGUAAAAUGAUAUGUGGUGAUGGUGCAAUUUCUUCUGCGCCACCCAGCACAGGUAUUUUAGUCAACUGUCUCACUUCUAAGCAUUGUGAAGAUAGCUCUCGGCUGUUAAGACAGAUUCACUCUAGCUCGUUUUCUAUCAUCAACCAAGCUCCUGAAAAAGGCUCAGAGCAUGGAGGAUCAUCAUCUGGGAUGGGCAGUGUCUCUAAUCUUGGCCCAGAUAUUAACCACAGAAAUUUGAAAUCUGGGCCAUACAACUCUGUACUGCCCCUGUUACUUGUAUCUGCAUGCAGCACUCAAGUCAGUGAAACCACAGCACCAAAACUACCAGCCAUCUCCAAGCCUGUUUGUUCUGUGAUAACCUCACUGAAAACAGAGUCCAGGCUAUUUUCAGACCUGAAGCAGGAUUCCCUCCCUGCUUCCAUCCUGCUGUCCAACUGCGCUUCAGCUGCGUCUGCUGAUGCCCCCCCACCACCAGCUGCUGCUGCUAGCAUCAUCAGCACCAGCUCGACAUACACACCCUCACUGCUCUCAGUGACACCUGUAUCUUCUGUGAUUUCACUGGCUACCUCCACCAACUCCGCCAUGGAUGACAUUGUAAGCUACUCUGUGAUUGGACCCAGCUCUGUCAUAGAGGCUGGAUCUCCACGUAUGAUUGGCUCCCCGCAUCUGCCAGAGUCUCCAUCUGUAGCAGCUGUUCAGUCGUAAAAGAUUUUGUUAUUCCACUGUGUGUGGUACAGACAUCAAUACCACUUAGCUGCUUAAAAUAGGGCUCUCCAUAUCUUGCUGUAUUAAACAUGUUUCAUUUUUACUCAACAGUCCACUACUCAUACAGAAUAUGCAAAUAUUAUUUAUUAUAAUCAUGAAAAACAUUAAAACGCUUUCAGUAUCAACAUAAAACAUGCAGAUUAUCUGGAUUUAGAUUUAGUUAAAGGCUAACAUAUCCAUUUGCCUGUUAUGUAUAAUUAUUAUUUAUACAUUAUUUAAGUGACUGAUUACAUAAAAUUGCGUUGUCGUUACUACACUGAGGUGCUGCAGUGAUUGGAGAAAAAACUGUUUGAUUGCAAUAAAUGUCUUUCACAUUUCCAAUGCUUCAUUUGGUCCCUGUGGACCUGCACUUUGCUGUGAACAUUCAAAUAAUUUAUGCAAGUUAUUUAUUUAACCUUUUGAUUGUUGUAUAUAUUUAACUGCAUUUAUGACUGGCAUAAUCCGUGUAAAGCUGAGGUUGUACACGCCAGAUGAUCUGACAGGUGGAUUAUUGCAUCACAAGUAGAUGCAUACAACGGUAUCAUCACUGGCUAAAGCAUACAUUUGCUAUUGAAUUACAAGUUUAAACUUGAUAGCACUCAAUGUACAUGACCUUGUUGUGAAGAGUUUGAUCAUUUUUCUUUGUGAUUGUAAUAUGAAUGUGAUCUCCAGUGAUUGAAAGCAAGAAAAGGAAAACUGUUUGUGAUUAAAUCUCAUUUACAUUGUUAUAUAUAUACAUCUAUUAAAACCACUUUUUUUCUUGUUUUUUUUUAUACUAUGGUUUCUAUUGUUUUAUUUCUUCAAUCUUUUUGAUGCCGAGUAGAAAUGUUCCCAAAUAGCUAGCUAACAGAAAAUGUGUUUACCAUUAGAUUUUUAAAAAUCAUGACAGACUUCACCAUUGGUGCAGUUGUCAUUUUUAAACAUUUUCUCUUGAUCUCACCCUCUCCACAGGGUUUUCUUAUGCUAUGGUUUCAUUUUCUUCCACUAAAAAUUUUUUCUGAUAAACCCAUUGUUGACCAAAGCAGGGUUUAAUUCCAUUUAUUUUAAAAUUUAGUUUGACGUUUUUAAAACACUUUUGUGCAAAUAUAAACUUUUAAACACUGGCUUUUAAAAUAUUUAUUUAAAACAAUUUUUAGUGUUGAUUUUUUUAAAUUGUUGGUAGAAGCUAAUCAAAUUAGUUCAAAACCAGAAAUUGCAUUUGUAUGAUGAUCAUAUUUUUUUUUGCAAUUACUACCUAGAAGUGUAUUUAUUGUGUACAUAAUUGACACUUUUCUUAGCUAUAUUUAUUGUGUACAAAGCUACAUUUAACUGUUGUUUAAUUUACUUAUUACGAUGUAAGCUGCCAUAUGCGCUAGUCCAUUUAACUUAAAACAUUUUUAAAACCAUUGUAACUGCAUUUUUCAUCUUUAAUAAAUUACAAUUGUGUACUGUGUUUUACAAAUCUCCAUGGAUUGAGGCAAUCUUUACAUCUUCAGUAAUUUUAACUAAUUGAAAUGUAAUCUUGUAACCUGUUAAAAGAGAUUCAUCAACUACGCAGUUCCAAUAUUUCUGUAAUUGUUUACAUGUGUAGCAUAGACCACACCCACUCCAGCUGACUUGGCUUUGGGAAAUUCCAAUAUUUUUAUUGUUCAACAUGACUGCUCUAAUGCCUGUCUGGGGGAUCAUGUGGAAGAUAGAGCAUAAUGGAAAUGUGUACAUAACGCAGGUGUACUUUGUGUUACAUGAACUUCUGCUGUGAUGUCUCAUGCAUACUGAUUGUCAUGAAAGUUUUUUUUUUUUUUAACUACAAAACAUUUUUGCUAGCAAGUUCUCAUUUUAGUUACUUUUUCAUUCAGAGAAAAAAUCCACUUUUGUUUUUCUUAAAUAUUCUACAAUUUUCAAUGACGUAUUCAUUCAACCAAAAAAAGUACAAGUGCUUUUGUUUUCUCUAAUUUUUCAUAGGGUCGUUAUCAUUAUUAAAAUGUUCAGUUGUGAGCUAAUAGUUUUUUUGCAUACAAUCUGAAUAGAAAGGCUAAUCAAUUAUAAGUUAGCUUCUUUUCUCAUGUGCUUCAAAUAGAAUAUUAGAUUAUUUCAACUUUUUUUAUACAUGGAUGCAACUGCUAGCAUUCGUUCUACUUCUUCAGUACUUACUUUUGUAUCUCAGACUAUGGCAGCUGGCUAUUUAUUUCAAUUCUUUCUUGUUUUAUUCAAGUUAAGAAGCUACAAAUAUUGUCUAAUUAUCCCAGUUACAUUUUUAAAAGGCAUUAAUGAAAAUAUUUUUUUACUAUUCCUAUUUAUUUCAUGAUAUUUCUCUUUAAAUUUCAAUUGUAAAAAAAAUUACUUGAUCAAAAAGUUAAAUUGAAAAAAAAUACUUGUGUUUUUGUAUACCAGGUACAUUUGCUUGAGUUUUGAAAAACAAAUCAUAAUAGUAUUAUACAAUGAUAUUGCAGAUUGGUACAUUAGCUUAUGUGAAUGUUGUAUAUGAAUUCAUUAAAUAUUUAUCAUACAUUGUAUGUACUACUACUACUAUAUGUUGAGUUAGGAAUUGUUUGAAGUACACAAUAGUGGUUUUUUUAAAAUUAGGGCUGAAACACAUUCUGUUUUAUAUACAGCAGUGAAGUUUGAUAGUGACACAAUAGCCAGACGUGAUUUUUUUUUAAAAAGGCAUACUCUAUUUUUAAGCAUUGCAGCAAUUACCCAAAAAUGUUAUUUUAUGUUCAUGUUUUGUUACACUAUUGGCCAGGUUUUCCUCCAGGCUAGCAGUUUUAAAUGUUUGAAUUGCUUGAUAAAUUUAAGAAUGUAGUUGUGCUGUAAACUCUGGUAGAGAACCAUGACAUGGUCAGGUUUUUUUGGGGUGUGUCCAUUGUAUUAUCAUUAUGAGGGCCAAGACUGACUUGUGUACUGUGCCACAGUCUUGAAUGUGACGUGUCAGGACUGUCGUCACGGGAUUAUUUUCAGAGGCUCAAGCUGUCAUGUCUGGAAGUAACCAUGAUUUUUUUUUUUGUAGUCUUGUCAUCAUUUUCUCAUUGAUUGAAAUUAAAAACUAUUUAUUG